AUGGCCCACGUUACAAACAUUACAUCAAAGGCCGACUUCGACGCCCUUACCCAGAAGCACGCCCACGUUGCCCUCCAAGCUCACGCCAGCUGGUGCGCCCCCUGUAGGGCCAUGAUCCCCAUCUUCAACAAGCAGACUGGAGACGCCCUCGCCGUCUCGACCGGCGAUAACCUGGCCUUUGCCCGCUUCGACACUGACGAGGUCCCCGACCUGGCCAGUGAACUUGGCAUCCGCUCCAUACCCGCCUUCUUCUUCUUCGACGGGGGUGUCAAGUCGGAGUCCCUCGUCGGUGCCAACCCCAGCGCCCUCAAGACCAGCAUUGAAAAGAUGACGGAAGCCGCUACGACUACCCCCGCCUCGGCCUGA